AUGUUUCUUGAAGAAGGGGAGCCUAAUACCGAUGAAAGCACUAAUACAUCCAUAAUCGGUUCCGGUCAUCCAAGAGAAGACCUAGAAGGCUGGAGAUGGCCAUUGAUUCUCACAUGUCUGGGGUUGACCAUGUUGAUUGUCGGUUACGAUGUUAGCAAUGUUGCCAAUGUUCAAACCUCUGUCUAUGAAGCUUUUGGUCAUGUUGAGCUUCUUCCAUGGGUGGCUGUUGGGUAUAGUACACUGAGUGCUGCUACUGCUCCAUCAUGGCGCAAGAUCACCGCCAUCUACCCGCUAAAAGUCGUAUUCUUCAUCUCAGAAGUAUUGAUGCUCAUUGGAUCAAUCUUGGCUGGUGCUGCCACCAACAUCAACAUGGUGAUUAUCGGGCGCGUGGUUACUGGAUUUGGAUCAGCAGGAGCUAUCAUGGCAGGCAGCAUAUUCGUUUUACUUCUUACAACACCGACAGAAUACGCUCGAUAUAUGGGUCUCUUGGGCGUGUGUUGGGCAGUAGGGCUUGUGCUGGGACCAAUUGUUGGAGGUGCUUUUGCCCAGAAUAGUCACGCCACUUGGCGUUGGGCCAUGUAUAUUAAUAUUCCCUUCAUUGGCCUUAUUCUUACGAUCGCCGUUAUCAGCCUUCCCAGUUUAUCCGCAGACCACAGCUCAAUGCCAUCAUCAAAAUUAACUAAGAUUGACUGGAUAGGAGCCAUUUCACACUUUGCCUUCGUUAUCCUCUCCAGUAUGGUCCUCAUAUUUAGUGGCUCAACGUGGGACUGGGGAUUCGGAGGGACGAUUGCAGUCUGGGUCAUUACGGGCGUUGUCUUCAUCUUUUACACAGUGCAGCAACUUAAACCCCUCUUCACCACCCGCGAACAUCAGAUUUUCCCCGUCGCGUUAUUCUUCGAGAACAGAAACUUUCUUCUCAUAUUUAUAUCGACUUUUGCUGCCGGCGGCUCCUACGGUAUCGCGCUUUACUAUACACCCCUGUUUUUUGCUUUUACCCAAGGGUUAAGCCCAAUUUCAGCGGCGGUACGAUUGUUGCCAUACAUUGGCAGUUUUAUCCUAUCAACAGUUGUUGCUGCUGUUCUCUUACCCCGGCUGCGCAUUUUCCCACCCUUUUACAUCCUGAGUGGCGCCAUGAUGCUGGCAGGCGCGGGUGGAUUAUCAGCUCUUGAGCCAAGUACUCCUGAUGGCAGAAUAUUGGGCCUUGAUACGCUUGUCGGAAUAAGCGUUGGUCUCAUCUGGCAAACAGGAAAUGCGGUAAUAAAUGAGGCGCGCAAAGCAUCACUACGCCAAGAUACUGCCAUGAUACAUCUUGUUUCACAGCUCUUUGGAGUCUCAGUUGCUCUCUCGUGCGCCGGCUGCGUUUUUCAGAAUCUUGGAUACAACAAGUUGCACGACUCCAUCAGCAGUCUUGGUAAUUUCUCCGACAAAGACAUCCGUGACGCACUUGCCGGCGUCGAUUCUAGCAUCUUCCGCGCUGGACAAGAUCCUCGUGUUAUCGGCCUUGCCAUUGAAGGUAUAACAACGACCAUUGGGAAGAUCGAAUGGAUUGCAUUUGCAGGGGGCGCUAUCACUUUAAUCGCAGGCCUUUGUAUGAAAUGGGAGAAACUUGAUUUUGAAGCUCAGUCUUCAGAUAACGUCGACGAGAUGAAAGUCAAUAAUGUUGUAUGA